AUGGUGAAGGAUGCCUCGAUAUGGACCAUUGUCCACGCGGCCGUGACGGGCUUUGUCGUUGUGCCAAUUUUCAUGGUGGGAGUGUUGACGCUGGUCCUCGCACGCCAACGUGACGAUGCAGCACGCAAGAGUUUUAGGUGGUUAAAGUGGUGCCAUCCUCUGUUGCUUGUAUCACUCACCUGCAUAAUCGCAGCCGACGUUCUCAACGUUGUUCUCUUCUCCUGGCAAAACGACAGCGGCUACUACGACACAGCCCAUCACACGCACGACGAAAUCAGCAGCGUCAUCCGAUCAGAGCGAUACUUGAGUUUCACCGGCAACCUGUUCGAGCACCUCGUCGACCUGAUCUUUGUCACCGUCCUCGUCGAGCUGGGAAACGGGCUAAUGUACUCCCUUGAUCGCCAACCAUCAGCCUAUCAAGCCAGGUUACGAUACGCAUCCUACGCCGCAACCAUGGUUCUUGCCACUUUUGCGCUCACCUAUUUUGGGCAGCCGACAGCCGCUUGGAUGGCGUAUUGGAAUGGGUCGGAAACCAACUCCAGCUACGCGCAGUUGAUUCAGUCUCUCAAGGUCGUGGGCAAAAUUGGUGCCUCGUUCUACAUCCCCUCGUGGAUAGUUUCCAUUUGGCAGGUGGCGUACGCCUCGUUUGUCCUGCACAAGCACAAGGCCGGUGUGCUUACGCGACAUGUGGCCAUUCUGUACGUCACGACAGCAGUGUUGGACUUUAUUCGAUGGACCCUCUUUGUCAUACUGUACGCGCAGUUUAUUCUUCCUGCAUCGGACAGCCCUUGGUGGUGGACUCUUGUCGACGCUUUGGGAAACACGUGGCUUCGUUUUGUGCAGCUGGUCUUGCUGCUCAUCAUCGGCAUGCGGAGGAAGAAGGGAAUUUGGACGACGCAUCAACGGUGGAUGGCGACGAGCAUGUCGAACGAAGCCUCGGACAUGGCCUCGACGAUGGCAGGACCGUCCCCGACGACGGCACCAGGGACAGCUUAUCAUCACGCUUAUUACCCGCAGAGCAAGCCUGUCUCACCGGCAUCGACGGAACCAGCAUGGUAUGCGUCUCAGGAAAUGCCAGCGUGGCAGAAUAACGAGCAGGCUAUGCCGCAGCCCGUCAUCAUCAUGCCUCGGGAAUUCGAAUCAAUGCAGUACCAAUACGUACCUCACCCCCUUUUGGGGCCCGGAUAUUUGGUGUUGAAGUCGCAACCACAAAUCCAAGAGCUGCAGCAACAACAAGAGGCAGAACAGGAACAACAGCCGGUUACGCCGAUAGAUCAAGCCACGGGGCAAGAAACCGCAUGA